AUGUACACCACGACACUCGCGCUCGCUUUUAUCCUCGUCGCCGCUGUUUCUAACGUUGUUGCCCAUGGCUGGGUGAGCAAUGUUGCCAUCGACGGCACCAAUUACAAGGGCGUCGGCCCCGGCGUCACUCCCAUUGCGAGCCCGAUUCGCCAGAUCAGCACUGUCGAUCCCGUUAAGGGCUCCGACAACCCCAACCUCUCCUGCGGCCAGAACGCCGCGCACGACGGGCAGCCCAGGGGCGUACUCGGAAAUUUUGACGGAUACUUUGUGGAUACUAAAACCGUUUGUCAACAUGCGCCCAACAUUUCCGGGUCUUUGUCAGUCGCCUCUGCCAACCCCGGGAGCACGGUCGCGUUCUCGUGGGCCACGAAUGCCGGGAACUGGUUCCACGACACGGGCCCGAUGAUCACGUACAUGGCCGCGUGCGAGGGCACCACCUGCGACAAGUUCGACUCGUCCAACGCCGCGUGGUUCAAGAUCGACGAGGCCGGCCAGACGAGCUCUGGCAGCUGGGUGCAGAAGGAGAUCGACGACGGAUCGGCGUACUCGCUCACCCUCCCGAAGAACCUCGCGCCCGGGGACUACCUCAUCCGGCAUGAGAUCAUCGCCCUGCAGAUCGCGGUCUCGCUCGGCGGCGCCGAGUUCUACCCCUCCUGCACGCAGGUCCGCAUCGGCGGCAACGGCAACGGCGUCCCCAACGCCACCGUCAGCUUCCCCGGCGCGUACUCCGACUCCGACCCCGGCAUCCUCACCCCCGAUGUCUACAACCCCGGCUUCGUCUACACCUUCCCUGGCGGCCCGAUCGCCGCGAUCGUGGCGGGCAGCGGUUCGGGGAACAACAGCGGCAGCUCCUCGUCGAGUGUUUCCGCCCCCGCCUCCUCCGCAUCUCCGACCACCUCGGUCGCUUCCUCCGUGGCGUCGUCCGUGGCUUCCUCUUCCACCGCGUCCUCCGCCGCAGCCUCGACAAGUUCCACGUCGGGCAGCUGCGACAUGGGCAGCGCGGUCCGCCGCGCCGUGCACCGUCCGCGCCGGUUGAGCCGCGUCAUGCGCCAGCUCGGGCAAGAUCACCUCCCGACCGGCGGCUUCUGA